AGAGAGAGACUUGCUCCUGCGCACAGCCCUCAGUGGAUGUUGAACUCGAAGUUAGUUCGGAAUAUUUUAUACAUUUCCCUUCAUUAAGCCGACUGUAAGAAACAGAAGAGCUCGUCGUAGAGAAGAGAGCAGCACAGCACAUACGGGUUUACAGAUAACUCGGAAAAUAUAACCUACUUUUCAUCUUCUGUCUGGGGGUCGACGCAGCCAUGCCAUUUGGCUGUUUAAUUUUCGGAGAGAAGAAGGAUUAUAACAGUCCCAACGAGGUCACUGACAAAUAUGACCUCGGGCAGAUGGUCAGAUCGGAGGAGUUUUGCGAGAUUUUUCGGGCAAAAGAUAAGAACACACAGAAAAUGUACACCUGCAAAAAAUUCCUAAAGAAGGAUGGGAGGAAAGUACGAAAGGCUGCGAAGAAUGAGAUUCUUAUCUUGAAAAUGGUGAAGCAUCAUAACAUCCUCCAGCUGGUCGAUGUCUUUGAGACAAGAAAAGAGUACUUCCUCUUCUUGGAACUAGCCACAGGCAGAGAGGUGUUUGACUGGAUCUUAGACCAGGGCUACUACUCGGAACGUGACACUAGCAAUGUUAUAAGACAAGUGCUUGAGGCUGUGGCUUAUCUUCACUCUCUCCGCAUUGUGCACAGGAACCUGAAGUUGGAAAACCUUGUUUAUUACAAUCGUCUGAAGCACUCUAAAAUCGUCAUUAGUGAUUUUCAUCUGGCCAAACUGGAGAAUGGUCUCAUUAAAGAGCCUUGUGGUACUCCUGAAUACCUUGCUCCAGAGGUAGUCGGCAGACAGCGAUACGGCAGACCAGUGGACUGCUGGGCCAUCGGAGUGGUCAUGUACAUCCUACUGUCAGGAAACCCUCCUUUUUAUGAUGAGGCAGAUGAUGAUGAUGAUGACAGCCAUGACAAAAACAUGUUCCGGAAAAUUCUAUCAGGAGACUAUGAGUUUGACUCACCCUACUGGGAUGAUAUCUCAGACUCUGCUAAAAGCCUAGUUGCAUCUUUAAUGGAAGUGGAUCAAGACCAAAGACUGACUGCCCAGGAGGCAAUCGGCCAUGAGUGGAUAUCUGGUAAUGCUGCUUCGGACAAGAAUAUUAAAGACGGUGUGUGUGCUCAGAUUGAAAAAAAUUUUGCUAAAGCAAAAUGGAAGAAAGCAGUCCGUGUGACCACUUUAAUGAAGAGACUCCGAGCUCCAGAUCAGAGUGACUCUGGAGCUUCGAGUCCAGCACUAGGAGCAUCGGCAGGAUCAGUGAUCUCGAGCAGCACACCUGUUGCCAUGGCUGCAACCCCUGAACCUCCCGGCAGUACCCUUGAGCUUCAGCAAAUUAGAGCAGGAGAGGCUCCGGCACGAUGUAAUGGAGAGAUUCCUGCUCCUCUUCAGCUUAGUGUGGAGACUCGAGAAGAGCAAAAUGGCUAAUGUGGGUGUACACAAAAGCAAACACACUCAUUUUAGAAUGGAAGAUGUAGUGAAAAUCACUGGUCAAGUGUACCUACAGUAACUUGUUGAGAGCCAUUUACUCAUACUAGUUUCAUUUCCUCACCCAUAUCCUUCCACAUUUGUAUGCUUUUAAAUUGUACAAAGCUACUUACAAACUGUUUCGAGUAACACAAAUCGACAAAGGCAUUAAAUUUAAAAUGGAGCAUUAGUUCACGUUAGUUCAUGUCUUAAGUACAGUCUAAAAGUUUUGAGGAACAGUUUGUGAAUAAAAUAAAAGCAAAAUAAAAUUGCAUUUUGCGUCCUGUAUUUAGAUUUAUAAUGUAGUCUAAUGAAGAAAUAAUUAAAAAAACAAAUAAACAUACAAAAUAGGAAGGAAAAUUAAGCAGUUAAUAUGCCUAACUGCAUAACAUUUAUCAAUCAUGAUGUUAGUAUGUUGUUGAAAAAUGGAAUUUCACUUUACAAUUAAUGUAAAACUUGUGUCUGACCUUAAGUUGUGUUUUUUGUUUGAAUGAGAAUUUGCGUAUUUCUAUAUAGCUUUUCUGCCAAUGUUUGAGAGCAAAUCACCUUUUACUGUCGAGUACUCAAAAUCCAAAACCGCUAUAGAAAUAAUACCGGGUUACAGUGACGUGUAGUAAUUACUCUCAUUUAACGAUUAAAUGUCUUUUAUGCGUAAACAUGACAAAUCCUUGAUACUGCGCUGUUAAGUGUCAGCAUUCUGUGCUAAUUCUUGCUGUACAAAUGCCUUUUACUCUGUUCAUCCCAUGUCGAUGCCUUUCUCUGUCUUUGUGGCAAUUGCACUUAUUGGGCACGAUUUUUCAGACUGGAUUUAAAUAAAGAUAUUCAUAAAACAAUUACAAGAACACGUACAAGAAUGUGUUAUUAAUGUGAAAUCCAUGAAAAAAAAAUCAGCAUUAAUACAUUUUUGUAAAUCUGUUAGAAAUUGUUUAAACACAUUUACUAAACGAUAGAUAAAUGACACCCAUUUUAUGUGCCAUAAACCUUCUGUAUGUCUUACUUUAAGCUUUCAAGUUGGUUAGUUAUCUCUCAGAAGAGAUGGUUGCUUAAUAAUAAAAAUAUGUGCAUGUGUCCUUUAUUGAUCUUGAUGUUUUGUAAUGAAGCUAUCCUGUAAACAUAAAUCUUUGUCCUCACAUGUAUUUUAUAUUUUCUUACGAGGUUAAAAUGCCAAAUUCAAUCAAGCUUUUACUAUUAAUUGCUCAAAUUUAAGACAUUUUCCAAAUAGCUAAAGGACAUCAUUGGACUUAUUAGCAGAAUGUUUGCUGGCUAAAAAGCUCGUAAAUACUAGUUCAGUAGUUUACAUCAUCUUUGACAUAAUUGGUGUUUUCACCACCAUUUACACUUGAAUCGAAUAGUCAACACAUUGACUUAAUACCUGGUUUGAUUGAAUUUGACCGUACAUUGUAUGUUUGUUGUGUAGAUGUGAUAGAUGUAUGUACUGCAUUUCCUAAAAAGAAAUGCAUUAUAUAAUAAAUACAAUAGUCAUUGUGUAGUUAUUUUUUUAAAGAAGUCCAUCAGUAGGUUGUUAAUGGAUUCUGUUUAAUGUGCAGUACAAACUGAGCAAUAUCUCUAUUGCUGUGAUACUGUGAAACUGCCAUGCUGGUGAUGUGGAGGACCACUUGCCAUAUCUCAUACAGAUUGUUGACCAAUUUACAUAAUUGUUUCAUGCUCAGUGUUCUAUUUUAGUCAUAUCCUAGGACAUUAUUGUAUUCAACAAUUAAUUUGUUUUAUUUAAUAAAUAUUUUUUUAAAAGCUGCAUAACACUUGCUCACACCAUUUAAAGUAGUCACUAAUUUAAUUUGGUAGUUUACUUUUUAUUUGAUUAUAUAUUAGUUUUACAUGUUUCAGUCUUUGGUGAGUCAACACUCUGUUAAUGUAUCAAGUAGUGCAGUAACGAACACACUUUCAACAACAAACUCAUUCUUAUAAGUAUCAUGUUUGUGUUUGAAUUGCAUCUCUAUUAAUCUAGUAAUAAAGACCUUAC